UCUCUCUCUCUCUUACACACAUAACAUUCAAAAUCCAAUCUCUCUCUCUCUCUCAAAAUUCAAAAAUCUCUUUUUGUUCAUCUGAAUAUCUGUUGCGGAAAACGAUGAAGUCACCUGCGAAGAUCGGAGAGAAUCGUUUCUUAGGAAACAUUUCGACUUCUACUAUCCGAAGCUUGCUACCCAGAUCCAUGUACGCCAAGCAGAAAGCAAUUCAAAACUCAGAUACUAAGACGACUUUCAGAUCCAACGACGAGAACGCUCCUCCUUGUGACUCAAACAUACAGACUAAUCAUCUCAACGCCAACCAUUCUCUUCCGUUGAAGAAUAAAUCGCCUCAGAAAGUGUUUCUCUCUGCGACUCAUCAGAUUCUCACCGAAGAAUCUACUACUAAGUUUGAAGCGAAGAGCGUACUGGCCACAAGAACUAAGUCAAUGGUUAAUGAGAUUACAGAGGAAGAUGACUCAUUGGGUGACCAGAUUCGUGAACUAAAGGAGGACCUAAUAAGAACCAAGUCUGAUGGGUACAAACCUGAUGGAAGCCAAAAUGGCUACUUUGUGAGGGAGAGUUUAAGUCAUUUGAGAAACAGCAUCAACAACUCUUUGGUCAUGUCGUGUGCGAACAAAGAAGGUUCAGAAAUGGAAACAAUGUAUGAUGAUGAGGAAGACGAUGGUGAUGUAAUGGAACUGAGUAAACAUAUUAACAAAUUUCACAAUUACUGUGAUUCUGAUGACAUGAUGGAUUCUAUUCAAUCCUCCUUUGCAAGUGCUUCAGGCUGUGAAGCUGAGUCAAUAAGUGGAGAUGAGAUUUGCUCUGUUGAUAAACACAAGGAUUGUGCCUUGGCUGCUUCUGGUCCAAGCACUGUGGGAAAUGGGAUUUCAAUUAGUUUACCACAUCAGACACGUAUCCUUGAAGAGCCACCAUUGUCAGAAUCUCCAAAGAUUAGGAAUUUUAGGAAGAGCGUGGCUGCGUCGACAAAGUUUCAGGCAAGUCCUAGGAAUGUUACUGAGAGUUCCAACAUUGGAAACAAAAAUGUCCAACAGUUUGGCCCUUCUAUGUCCAAGAAGCAUUUAAGUCCUACAGAUUCUCUAGCUGCAAGUCUCCAGAGAGGACUGCAUAUUAUUGAUUGUCACCAACGGAGCUCGCUGUCAAACAGAUCUUCUGUUUCCUUCUCCUUUGGGCAUCUCUCUCUGAAGCCUUGCGAUGAAGCCGAUAAUCUUAGUGCUUCGGUUAUACAGGAAGAUAAAGCAAAAGAAGGUGGAUCAUCGAUUCUCCUCUGUCUUUCUUGCAGACAGAAACUUGAUCAAGAAGCUGAAGGAGGAUAUAAGGCAAUAGAAGAAGCUUGCGUAGACGAGAAGCAUCUCAAGAACAUCUGUGUGGAGCAGGCUACCAAAAUUGAGCAGCUAACUUCUCAGUUAGACCAAUACAAAAAGAACACUGUGCACGAGGAGUCAAGUAAACUAAUGAAAUCCAAUGAUGAAGAAGAUGAGACGGAGGUCGUUAAGGAAACAUAUGAGACAAGCCAACGUAGUGAAGAGUUAGGGAAGGCAAGGAUUGAUCUCAGUGAAAAGGAAGCUCUUUUAAAGGAGAUUGCAGAGCUCAAAAGCAAGCUGCAGCCUACAAGAUCAACUGAUAAUAUGAGGUCAUCUUUGCUGUUACGGUCCUUUCAAAUGAGGAAGAGCACUGAUUUUACCAAGAACACUGAGAACAACAACAAUGUGCUAGAAGAAGAACGUGAAAGGUGGACAGAAAUGGAGAGUGAAUGGAUAUCUUUAACAGAUGAUCUAAGGAUGGAUAUCGAUAGCCAUCGCAAACACGCAGAGGAUCUAGAGAUAGAGCUCAAAAAGGAGAAAUGGGCUACAGAGGAGUUAAAUGAUGCUCUUAGUAGAGCUAUGCUUGGUCACAGUAGAUUCAUCGAGCAGUACACAGAACUGCAGGAGAAGUAUGAUGAAUUAGCUGAGAGGCACAGUGUGACGAUGGCAGGAAUCGUAGAUGUGAAGAAAGCAGCGGCUAAAGCAGCUUUGAAAGGUCGUCAUGGGAAGCGUUUUGCAAAAGCAUUUUCAGCUGAGCUUACUGCCAUUAGAGCAGAGAAGGAGAAAGAAAGAGAGUUCCUGAAAAAGGAGAACAAGGCCCUUAAAAUUCAGCUGCGAGAUACUGCUGAAGCUGUCCAAGCUGCUGGAGAAUUACUUGUCAGACUCCGAGAGGCUGAGCAAGCUGUACAAUCCUCUGAGGAACGUUUCAGCUUGAUAGAAGAAGAGAAUGACAAGUUGAAGAAGCAAAUGGACAGGUUAAAGAGCAAGCACAAAACAGAAAUGAGCACAAUGAAGCAAUGCCUUGCAGAAAGCAAAUUACCAGGGUCUGCAUUAGCGCCAUGGUUCAAGGAGAAUGAGCAAGAGGAAGAAGAACAUGCAACAUCAGAACACAGAACCGGUGUGGUGAGCUAUGACGAUUAUACAGACGAUCAGGCAUGGAGAGCAGAGUUUGGAGCCAUAUAUCAAGACCAUGACCAUUACUAACUGAUUUCGAAUUUGUUCAAUUUCAUUUCAAGCACAAAAAAACUUCUUUAGUCAUCAUGUCGUUGUACAAGACAAAACCCAUCUUGGGAUGUGCCUACAUUUUUAAAAGAAAAAUCUAUAUAUAAAUUGUUCGGUA